UGGUGCAUUUUGGGGAGCUUGUUGAGGUUGUGGAAGAUCUUUUAUUUUUUCCGUUAUGAACGUUCAAAAAUAAAAGAAUAGAACCGGAAAAUCACUUGGAUGCUGAAGAAUGAGCGUGAGAGGGACCCCUGAAAGUAUAAUUAAAAAUGAGAAAGAGGAGUUUUCACAGAGAGAAAAAAUUAAGGUGGAAAAUGACUUGGAUAGCAAGGGAUAUGAAGCCAGUCAAAUCGCCCAAGUAUUUAUUAAAGAUGAGAGAAACCAUUCGAUUGAUACAGAUGACACUGUUUCAGACAGAAUUUAUAAUGGAUGUGAUACCAUGGUAAAUUUUGAUCCUACUGUUUUUGAAAUGCAAGAUGAUACAAAAGAGUUGCAAAUGCAUACAGAUAAUAACAAAUACCAAGUAGCAGAUAUUUGUGAGCAAGUGAUGAUUAUUAAAAAAGAAAAUGUUGAAUAUGAAAACACAGAAAAUGUUUCAAACAGCAUAACAAAUGAGCAUAAUUUUACUUACCCUUGGAUGAAAUGUGAAGUUGUUGAAGAACUGCCGGAAAACGAUUUGGGCGCUGAGACCUGUGAAAUUACAGGAAUCACUGACAAAAAUGAGGAUGAUCACAUUUUGAAAAAAAAUUUGGCAGAAGGUGGCCAUAAGAAAAAUAAAUGUAUUCACUGUAAUCAGUCAUUCAGAUAUAAGAGAACUUUAAAUAAUCAUAUAAUUAAUAAACAUCCUGAGUAUAUUGCAUCUGUUUCAAGUAAAAUACAUGAAUGCACACAUUGCUCCUAUAAAACUACCAUCAAAGAUAAGUUUACUAGGCAUAUAUUGAAACACCCUGGUCCAGAUGGUAGUUGUAAGCUUAGUGUGUGUAUUCACUGCAACAGGACGUUCAUAGAUAAGUCAAAUUUAGAUGAUCAUAUAAUUAAGAAACAUCCUGAGCAUAUCGCAUCAGUUUUACGAAAAAUACUCGAAUGCUCACAUUGCACUUACAAAACUAUCAUCAAAAGGGAGUUAGAUAAUCAUAUACUUAGAAAACACCCGGAGUAUAUUGCAUCAGUUUUAAGGAAAGUACUUGAAUGUGCACAUUGCACUUAUAAAACUACCAUCAAAAGGGAGUUGGAUAGUCAUAUAAUUAAGAAACACCCUGAAUAUAUUGCAUCAGUUUCAAGUAAACUACAUGAAUGUAAAUAUUGCCCAUUUAAAGCCACUUCAAAGUGUUAUUUAGCUAGACAUAUGUGGAAGCAUCCAGGGGCAGAAGGGAGCUGUGAGCCUAAAACGUGUAUUUACUGUCACGCGACAUUCAAGUGGAAGAAAAAUUUAGAUAAUCAUAUAAUUAAGAAUCAUCCCGAGUAUAUUGCAUCAGUGUCAAGUAAAAUACAUGAGUGCACACAUUGCUCCUAUAAAACUACCCUCAAAAGCGAGCUUACCAAGCACAUGCUGAAACAUCCUGAUGCAAUAAGUUGCAAUAUGCUCAAUGUGUGUAAUCACUGUAAUACAACAUUCAUGAACAAGAUUAAUUUGAAUGAUCAUAUAAUGAAGAAACAUCCUGAACAUGCUGCAUCAGUUUCAAGGAAAAUACAUGAAUGUAAAUAUUGUGAAUAUAAAACAACUUUAAAGGGGCAUUUAGCUGAACAUAUGGCCAAGCAUCCAGAGGCAGAAAGUGAGCUCAAAUCAUGUAUUCACUGUAAUGGCACAUUCAGAAGUAAGGCAGUUUUAGACAAUCAUAUAAUUAAGGAACAUCCCAAUCAUAUUGCAUCAAUUUCAAGCAAAAUACAUGAAUGCAAAUAUUGUGAAUUCAAAACCACCUUAAAAGAUCGUUUAGCUAAACAUAUGGGGAAGCAUCCAGGUGCAGAAGGUGGCUAUGAUCUUAAAACGUGUACUCACUGUAACGCGACGUUCAAGUCUAAGAAAAGUUUGGAUAAUCAUACAAUUAAGAAGCACCCUAACGACGUUGCAUCAGUUUCAAGUAAAAUACAUGAAUGUAAUUAUUGCACAUAUAAGACCACCACAAAAGGUCAUCUAGCUAUCCAUAUGGAGAAACAUCCAGACGCAGAAAGUGUGAGCUAUGAGCGUAAAACGUGUAUUCACUGUAAUGCUACAUUCAAGCAUAAGACAGACUUGGAUGAUCAUAUAAUUAAGAAACAUCCUGAGUAUAUUGCAUCAGUUUCAAGUAAAGUUCAUGAAUGCCCGUAUUGUGCCUAUAAAACUACAAUCAAAAGGGAUUUUACUAGGCAUAUGUUGAAACAUCCUGAUGCUGCAUACACCAGUUUCGAUAUAAUGUAUAAUGCGUAUGACACAAUGGUACAUUUUGACCCUACUGCAAUGAGAUUUGAGGAGAGUAGUGAGGGAGUUCUUGAAAUGCCAGAUGAGGAUGAGUUGCAAAAGGAUAUAGAAAAUUGUGAACCACAAGUUAUUAAAAAUAAUAUAGAUGAAUAUGAGUGCAUAGAUGUAAACGGUAGCGGCUACUAGUCAUGUGUCGACCAUGAACACUAAUCUAGUGAGCGAUUUGUUACAAAUGACUGCAGCGUGCAUCAAAUGACAUCAUGCUUGUCAUACUAACAUGGUGCUUAAAUUUAUAACAAUGUGUCAAAUAUGUUAGAAAAGCUGCAGUGGAUAUAAUCCUGUUUUAGCACAGGAAAUGACGAUUUUACUAAACCCUGGACAAAAUCUGAAGCUGUGGAAGAACUAAAGUUAGAAAACUGUUUGGACACUGAGGCUUGUACAGAAACUAGUGAGGAAUGCAUCAAUAAAAUUGAGAAACAUCCUAAGGCACAAGGAAGUCAUAAGCCCUAUGUGUGUAUUCACUGUAAUGAAACAUUCAGAAGAAAGAGAAGCUUAGAUGGUCAUAUAUUUAAGAAACAUCCUGAUUUUGCUCCAUCUAUUUCUAGUAAAAUGCAUUUAUGUGCACAUUGUGCAUAUGGAACUACCAAGAAAGAUCAUCUAGUUAGUCAUAUGCUGAAACAUCCCGGGACUGGAGCAAGUAAGCCCAAUGUGUGUAUUCAAUGUAACAGAUCAUUCAUGAGCAAGAUAAAUCUAGGUGAUCAUAUAAUUAAUAAACACCCUGAACAUAUUGCGUCAGUUUCAAGUAAAAUACAUGAAUGUACAGAUUGCACUUAUAAAACUACCUUCAAAAAUAGAAUGGCUAGACAUAUGUCGAAACAUCCUGAUGCAAAAAGUAGCUAUACGCUCAAAAAAUGUGUUCAUUGUGAAGCUAAAUUUUCAACUAACAUUCUUCUAGGUAAUCAUAUAAUUAAUAAACAUCCAGACUUCAUAGGAUCAGUCUUUAGUAAAAUACAUGAGUGUACACAUUGCACUUAUAAAACUACCGUCAAAGGUAAUCUGGCUAUACAUAUGUUGAAACAUCCUGAUGCAAAAAGUAGUUAUAAGCUAAAUGAGUGUAUUCACUGUAAUAGAACAUUCAUUAGUAAGAAAAGUUUGAAUGAUCAUAUAAUAAAGAAACAUCCUGAGCAUACAGCAUCAGUUGCAAGUAAAAUACAUGAAUGUAAAUAUUGUGUAUUUAAAACGACCUCAAAAACUGAUUUACUUAGGCAUAUGCGGAAGCAUACAGGUGCGUAUGAGCCUAAAGGGUGUGUUCACUGUGACGCAGUGUUCAAAGAUAAGAAAAGCUCAGAUAAUCAUAUAAUAAAUAAACAUCCCGAGUAUGCUGCAUCAGUUACAAGUAAAAUACAUGAAUGUAAAUAUUGCAUUUUCAAAACCACCUUUAGGGAUCGUUUAGCUAGACAUAUUUGGCAGCAUCCAGGGGCAGAGGGUAGAUGUAAGCUUGAAACGUGUAUUCACUGUAACAGAACAUUCAGUAGUAAGAUAAAUUUGCAUGAUCACAUAGUUAGGGACCAUCCUGGGUAUAUUACAACAGUUUCAAGUAAAGUCCAUGAAUGCAUAUAUUGUUCUUAUAAAACUACAUCCAAGAAUAAGUUUAGUAGGCAUAUGAAGCAUCCCGAUUUUUCGCCUGUAGAGGUAAUCGCGUAGACGAGAUUCCCUCAACAAGCACUAGAGACGUGGCUAGAGAAGUGCAAGUAUCAAAAACUAAAGUGUGGCAAACGCUGCGUGAAGAGGGGCUGUAUCCGUUUCACGUCCAACGUGUACAAGCCCUUCAACCUGACGAUUUUCCAGCAAGAGAGCGGUUUUGUGAGUGGUUGUUGCAUCAACAUGACAAUAAUCCGGACUUUUUGAAGUGCAUAUUGGUGACAGACGAAUCUACAUUCACGCGUAAUAGGGUGAAUAACUUUCGCAACACUCAUGUUUGGUCAGUAGAAAAUCCGCACGCUGUCCGUCCGGCACAUUUUCAACAAACAUUUUCGGUGAAUGUUUGGGCUGGCAUGGUGCGUCUGCUCGGUAGUGCAUCAGCUGAUUUCAUUUUCUGUUGGAGCGGUAUGAUUUCGGGCAGAGACGUACUUAGCCCUUCUCGUCAACUGGAGAGCGAGUACUUUUUCCUUUAUUUUUUUUUACUUGGUCGCCCUCGUUUCACUGCACAUUACCUUUGUUAUUUCAAGGGUAGUUGUUUCUGAAAAGGAAAACCCCAACUUUGCGGACACCCUGUAUAUUGGUAAAAAUAAGUCAGCGGUCGUAUACGCCCGCCGCGGGAUAACUGACAUUAUCAUUCCCUUAGUACCAAGCGGUCGUCCUAGCAGUCUUUUGCGAGUUUGAAUUUGUGAACUUCGGGUCAAAAACAUGAAAUAAAAAUACUUUGCAAUUAGGUUAGUUUGUUUUUGUUGAUCGUAGCGUUCAGUGAAAAAUAACAGAGUUGCGUGAGCAACUGGUAUUAUCACCUCUGAAUUACGAUAACACCUAUCUACCGAAAUCCCGACCACACCAGACCUCAAUAGCCUCAAAAAGAUAUUCUAUAUCGAAGAAAAUAGGCGCCUUCGAUAAAGUGAAGAAAUACUGCCGAGGUCGCUAUGCUAAAAAAGUGCAAAUUGAAAUUCUAAAAGGCAGGGUAAAAAAAGUCAUCACCUACUGUGCAUCAUGCGAAGGUGAACCUCACUUUUGUUUAGACUUUUUCAACCUACACUUAUUAAAAUAAUAUUCAGUCACCUUAUGUAAAUCGAGGUAUUCAAUAGCCUUGUUUUGUACUAAAUUCCCCGGGGUUCCACCUUGCAUAUGUUUUUUAUAUAUAUUUUUCAAUGAAAGUUAAAAAACGACUUCAGACAUUUCACUUUCGCUUGUAAGCUACACCGAAAACCGCUAACUUAAGCUAGGCGUGUAUGCCACAGCGGUCUUCUGCCAUAAUAAUUAUAUGCCUAUCAAAGACCGUUGGCACAGCAUAAAUGAAUUUUGAAGGUAAGUGUGGAACGGUCGCAUACGACCGCCAUGGCAUGGUGGGAUUAUUUGCAGGCGGUCGUAUGCGGCAUUCAACCUGUUAAAUAAUCAUAUAAUCAAGAUACAUCCUGAGCAUAUUGCAUCAGUGUCAGGUAAAACACAUGAAUGCACACAUUGUUCUUACAAAACCACCAUCAAAAGGGAGUUAGAUAAUCAUAUAAUUAAGACACAUCCUGAGCAUAUUGCUACAGUUUCAAGCAAAAUACAUAAAUGCCCACAAUGCACUUACAAAACUGCGGUCAAAUGGAACUUAAAAAGUCAUUUAUGUGAAAGAUAUAUGGGGAAGCAUAGGGGCUGAUGAUACCUGUAGGGCAAUGAAAAAUAAAAAACGAAAAUAAUAGCUGUUUUGUUAAAAAGUUAAACAUCACAUUCGCAGCAAAUACUGUAUAGAUUUAAUGCACAACUGUUUUAUAAAUACAUUGAGAAUGCAUUACUCCACUGAUUGUAGGGUUGUACCUAUGUCAACGUGUUA